CCACUAUGUUUAUGAUCUGAACGGGUCAGUCAAGAUGGCUUCCGAUCACGUCUUUAAAGUCCUGUUCUUCAUUCAGUCUGCGGCCUUCACACUAUUCAUCAUCAAUUACUCUCAAACGUCCACGGUUGUCCAUAAACCUGUCGGAAAGUCGAGCGCUGAAAAACACUGUGAUUGCGAACCAACUGGUACAAGAGAAGUAUUUAACACAUCGGCUUAUGUUUGCCAGAAUGGGGAACUGCUAAUGCCGAUCCGCGGACAACUAUCCAAUUGCACAUUGGCUGACAUCAAGAAGAGACCCGGCGUGGUUAUGCUGACUACGGCAAAUCUCGCUUACGCGGACGUCGCGCUGAACAUGCUGGAGAGCGUCAAGAGGAUUGGAGUUUGUGUCAACACUUCAGUCAUCGCAGAGGAUCAGAAGGCUUACGAUCUGUUGCUCAAGUAUGCCAAGGGUGACCCAGCAAUUUAUGUUCAGAAAACCAACUCGGGGGAAAUGGAUGAAAUAGAGCCCUCUCGUCGUGGGCUUAUGAACAAACGCCAGGCCUACAUUUUGACUUUAUUAGAGCAAGGCCUGGAGGUUCUGUUUUCUGACUCGGACACGUUUUGGUUCCGGGAUCCCUUUCCAUACUUUCAGGGAGACUUUGACAUGAGUCUCAGAAGCUUCUCUAAACCCAGAAUAAUCAGCAAAACGCAUUUCUGCGCUGGCUUCAUUUACCUGAAACCGACCAAUGCGUCCAUCCAGUUCGUAAGGACGUGGGCCGAACUUUUGGAUAACAACAAGAAAAAAGGAAAAUUCCCGACUGAUCAAAGUGUAAUGAAUGGACUGUUUACGGCUGAUAAACCCGUACAUGUGAAUAUCAAGAUACUAGACGAGGACCUGUUUCCAUGGGGACCCAGAUUUUUUGACCCAUCGUGGCAAAAGCAGAACCACUCCACAGUAGUCAUGCAUGCCGCUAGUAUACGCAGUCACCCAGCGAAACUGCGCAAAUUCAAGGAAUUUGGUAUGUGGCUUGUCAAUGUCACUGCUUCACCAAACCUAUAUACAAUCCAAAGGGAACCCCAUUAG